UCCUCUGUAGAUUGUGGUGUCGCUAGUGUCAAGAAAAAAAAAAAAGAUCGAACAAAAAUAAAAAAGAAAUAUUCAUAAAAUUUAAUUUUUGACAAAAAAAAAACUUGUAAUUUUGUUCUAAAAAUAAUAAAACCAUUAAAAUCAGAAAAAUAAUAAAUUUAAAAAAAAAAAAAUGCCUGGUCCACUUUUUGGGAAAUUGGCUAUUGUGACAGGUGCCGGAUCUGGAAUUGGAAGAGCUGUAUGCAAAGUACUAGCUCGUGAUGGCGCUCGUAUUAUCGCCGCCGACAAAAACCUACAGACUGCAAUGGAAACCAUUACCGAUCUUGGUUCAGAAUCAAGUGCCGUUGAAGUGGACGUUUCCUCGUUGGACAGUGUUUGCAAAGCUCUUAGUACUUGUAUAGAAAAAUACAAGCAGCCACCAUCUAUUGUUGUGAACUCGGCUGGUAUUACGCGCGACCGAUAUCUAUUGAAAAUGGAAGAACGCGAUUAUGAUGAUGUUUACAAGGUCAAUCUGAAGGGCACGUUCUUGAUUACACAACAAUUUGCCAAUGCCAUGGUGCAAUACAAAGUUUCUGGAUCAAUUGUCAAUAUUUCAAGUAUUGCAGCCAAGUUGACAACAAUUGGUCAGGCCAACUAUGCUGCUUCGAAAUCAGGUGUGAUUUCGUUUACCGAAGUUGCUGCCAAAGAAUUUGGUAAAUUUAACAUUAGAGUUAAUUCAAUUUUGCCUGGAUACAUUGACACUCCGAUGGUUGAUGUUGUCCCACAACACAUCAAGGAACAGGCCAGGAGAAUUUGCCCUCUGGGAAGAUUAGGUAAACCAGAAGAAGUGGCUGAGGUGAUUUCGUUUUUGGCAUCAAAGAAAGCUUCAUACAUAAAUGGUGCAUCUGUUGAGGUCACAGGUGGAUUGUCCUAAACUAUUUUUGCAAGAGCUUGUCGGUUGCACAGCACAUCACUUUCUGUGUCGAAGUUAAUUUUAAACUAAAAGUGCAUUUAUCUACAUGUAUUUUUUUGAUAAUAUGAUUUUUUGUUUUUACUCUUUUUUUGUAGAUUUUUUUCUUUUUAUUUUAAUUUUUGUUAAAAAUUAAAAAUGUUGGCAUUUGCUUUAAAAUUUUGUUUAAGAUUGUUUUAACUUUUUUUAAGGACUUUAAGAAGAAACAAUGAUAAAAAAUUAA